CUUUCCUUUCGUUAUAUAAUAUUUGAGAAAUUUUCAACUGGGUGUGUCGAUGUUGGCUGGUUUAAGUUUUUAGUCUUCUUCAACUCAAUUUAGAUGCUGUUAGGUUUACUUGGAUUGCAUGGAGUAUCUUUUUCUUCUUGGUUUUUGUUUGGUUUUCUUAGCUCAGUUCUAAUUUUUAGUUGCUUAUACUUGGAUUUUUAUAUGAAGUUCGAAUUUCUUGUCUAGAGAUUCUCUUGUGUGAAAUUUAGUUAUAUUCCUAGGUCUAGUUGGUGGAUAAACACUUGCCUGAGCCUAAAUUCAAUUAAAGACAGUUGUCUUACCGUGAUAUUCCAUUUGAUGUUUGUCUCCCUAUCUCUCAGUUGCUUUAUGGAUGAAGGAUUUAUUUUUCCAGCUAGUUUGAUACUUCAGUGUGUUGCCAAUUGACUAAUCAGAGUUCUGGGAGAGGUUUUGUUUAAGGUUAUUAUUGCAAAAGUGAAUUGAUUUUCUGUAUCUUCUUGUCUCUGACGAUAUGGAUGUGUAUUAGUUAUGUAAUUCUGUAGUAUUUCAAUGUGUUUGAUGUGUUCAUCUUUACAUUGCUUAUGGGAUUCAUGCUUACUGACUGUUCAUGUCAACAAACUCGGACCUCUUUUUCUUUUUUCCUAUUAUUUUGCUUAAAGCAGCACCGAACUAGACUUUCUUUGACCUUGUUGGUAUCUAUGGAGGGUUUGGGAGGCUUGGGAUUUGGUAAUAUGAGCAGUUCUGUGAGGAAGAAGCGAAGUAAUACAUCACGUCGGCCUUGGAAUGAUUCACAGCCCCAUUCAGAGUUCCAGGAGGUUUCCUCCCUGUCAUCCACUCCCCCUUCAGAAAAUGUUAGCAAAUUUUCAAGUGAUGAUAAUUAUGAUUGCAGUUCCGUUGGUCCCAAAAAGGAAGCCAGUUUAAAAGUAUGCAGUUCAAGGGCUUCAUUUAGUAACAUUCCCGAAGCUGAAUCUUCUCGAAAUAUGAUCAGGGCUGAAGAUGGGGGAUUCAUAGAAUCUGAUGGGGCUUCUAACAAUGGUUCUUUCCGAGGCAGUAAUGAAGAGAGGCAUGGUGUUGUUGAUUCCAAAAGGUUCAGGGAAGGAGUCCUUGCACCAACAAAUUGGAAAGGCUCAAGCAACUUGGGGAAUCUGGUAGUCAUUACAGACGAAUUAGGAAAUGAGAACAAAGUUAAAAAGGUUAAGCUUAAGGUUGGCAGUGUCACACGGACUAUUAGUGCAAAAUCUGUAUCUGAUGGCGCCUCGGCAGCUGUAUCGUCUAACACAAAAUCUUCUCAUAUUUCAGAUGUCCCUCGACAGCAGCAGCGGAUGAUUCAGGAAAGCUUUGGUGAUAACCCUUCCUUUUCUUCUGAUAAGGGCAGUAGCAUACAAGGUGCUCCUUGGAAGGAUUUCUUUAGAAGUGGUUCAAGUGCUGGAAAAGUAGAUACUUUAAGAGAGAAGAUGCCUGAUGAGGAUAUCCCAACAAAACAAACAGAUAGGUACGAGCCACUUCGUAAGAGCAAGCGAGUUCCUAAGAGACGCUUAGUGGACGUAGACCUUGAUGAUGGAGGUGAGGAUGCUGGUUAUGAUGAUGAUGAAAUUCGGUAUCCUGAGAAGAUAAAACCAUCUAAGCUCUCUUCUGCUAUGGAACGUGAGAACGAAGGAGGAAGCAGAAAACAUCGAAGGAUAUCAAAAGUAUUGAAGCGGAAUGUGGAUAGCUUGUAUGAAGUAGAUGCCUCAUCAAGAUUAGGGAAGGAAGGUAAAAGGUAUAGGUCAGGCAGAGUAUCAGUGGAUACCGAUUAUGUAGAAGAAGAUGAAAAUGAGGAAGAGGCAGUUUCAGAUGGUGAGCCAGAAAGUAAGAGGAAGAAGGCAAGAAAAGAGACAGUCGAUUUAUUUGCAGACCCUAAGAAGGAAAUGACAGUCACUACACGUCAGCGUGCACUUCAAACAGGCAAAGAAAUCUCUUCUGGUAUUGCUGCAAAUCUGAUUGUGUUUCCAGGUGGGCUACCCCCUGCUCCACCUAGAAAACAAAAGGAGAAACUCUCUGAGUUAGAGCAGCAACUGAAGAAAGCUGAGGCUGCCCAGAGACGCAGAAUGCAAGUGGAAAAGGCAGCUAGGGAGUCUGAGGCUGAGGCAAUCAGAAAAAUUCUGGGACAAGAUUCCAGUAGGAAAAAGCGGGAAGCGAAGAUGAAAAAACAGCAAGAAGAAUUGGCUCAGGAGAGGGCUGCAAAUGCUUCCAUACUUGCAGCAGACACCGUUAGAUGGGUCAUGGGUCCCUCAGGAACAGUUGUGACAUUCCCCGAAGAGGUUGGCUUGCCAAAUAUUUUUGACCCUAAGCCCUGCAGUUACCCUCCUCCACGUGAGAAAUGCGCCGGUCCAUCAUGUUCAAAUCCAUACAAAUACAGAGAUUCCAAGUCGAACCUUCCCCUUUGCAGUCUCCAAUGCUACAAGGCAGUGCACGAGAAGAUGCCUUCGGUGUCUGCGUGUUAAGGUCCAUUUGCUAGUAAGUUUUGAUGGACACGGAUCCAGAUUGUGAUCUUAAGACACUUGUAAAUAAAGUUGUUUGUGUUUUAGAAUAAAAUAACAUAUGAAAGACAGAUUGAAAUUUUGUAUCUCCGUAUCCUCUGGCACUGGAAGCUGAGCCUCUUAGAUUUUGCAUUACACGAGUCUCAAGUCUCGAGUGCCUGUAUAUGUAUAGACCGUAGUUUGGAAGAAUAAGAAGAUGGCAUCAUUUUUUUGCCGUGCUGCUA